GUGACUGUUUUCACUGUUUUGCUUAGACGAAAAACACUAGCCAAGGCGCCGGCGAGUCGCCGCUGCCAGGGGGAGGACCAGGGAAGUCCGCGGGUCCCGUGAGUCUUGCGUUCUGGCGGCGUCUGGCCACCUACGACCGACCCACGUAGAACCUCAGCCGCGGCUCUUGCGCGACGCUCCCCGGUUCUCGCCGCCUCUUAGGGGUCGGAGUCCCGCGGCCUGCGCAGCCUGGCUCUCAGCCCAUAUUCCAGCUAACAGGAAGGAAGAAGGACACGAUCUGAAACUGGCGAGUCGCACUCUGCUGCUGUCCGCGUGGCCAGUCCCUCCUUCAGGGGAACCUGGAGAAAGCAGACUGAUAUCCAGGGUUCUGCUGGGCCACUGCCCGUGGAAUGGCCAGCCUGCAGGAGGCCAAUGGAAGCACAGCGUGGCCACCGCCCCCAGCAUCCAAUAUCAGUGAGCCGCACCAGUGCCUGCUGCUGCUGUACGAGGACAUCGGCUCCUCCAGGGUCCGGUACUGGGACCUCCUGCUGCUCGUCCCCAAUGUGCUCUUCUUCACCUUCCUGCUCUGGAAGCUUCCCUUAGCUCGGGCCAAGAUCCGUGUCACCUCCAGCCCCAUUUUUAUCACCUUCUACAUCUUGGUGUUUGUGGUAGCCCUUGUAGGCAUUGCCAGAGCUGUGGUUUCUAUGACGGUCAGCGCCUCUGAUGCUGCGACAGUUGCUGACAAGAUCCUGUGGGAGAUCACCCGCUUCUUCCUGCUGGCCAUUGAACUGAGUGUGAUCAUCCUGGGCCUUGCCUUUGGUCACCUAGAGAGCAAGUCCAGUAUCAAGCGGGUGCUGGCCAUCACCACAGUACUGUCUCUGGCCUACUCAGUCACCCAGGGGACCCUGGAGAUCCUGUACCCCGACUCCCAUCUUUCAGCUGAGGAUUUCAACAUCUAUGGCCAUGGCGGCCGCCAGUUCUGGCUCGUCAGCUCUUGCUUCUUCUUCCUGGUCUACUCACUGGUGGUAAUUCUCCCCAAGACCCCGCUGAAGGAGCGCGUAUCCCUGCCCUCGCGGAGGAGUUUCUACGUGUAUGCAGGCAUCCUGGCCACACUCAACCUGCUGCAGGGUUUGGGGAGUGCUCUGCUCUGCGCUAACAUCAUUGAGGGGCUGUGCUGUGUGGAUGCCACGACCUUCCUGUACUUCAGCUUCUUUGCACCGCUCAUCUAUGUGGCCUUCCUCCGCGGCUUCUUUGGCUCAGAGCCCAAGAUCCUUUUCUCUUACAAAUGCCAAGUGGACGAGGCUGAAGAGCCAGACAUGCACCUGCCGCAACCCUACGCCGUGGCCCGGCGCGAGGGCGUAGAGUCUGCAGGCCCUGUGGGGGCCUCGGCGGCCAACUACUCCAGCACACAGUUUGACUCUGCCGGGGUGGCCUACUUAGAUGACAUUGCCUCCAUGCCCUGCCACACAGGCAGCAUCAACAGCACAGACAGCGAACGCUGGAAAGCCAUCAAUGCCUGAGUGGGCACCUCAGCAUGGAGAGGCCUGUGAAGACAGAGGGGCUCCCGGUGGAGCGGGGUGCAGUUGGGAACUCGUGUGGAACCCCUGGGCAGGCAUACCUGCGCCCCAGCUCUCCUGUUCUUCACCCCAGGUCCCCUUUGCCUCUGUGCUCUAAUUUGGGACUGCACCUUCCCAGGCUGCAUUCCUGCUGGGGUCCUGCCUGCCCAGCUCCUGCCCUUCACAGCUCAGCCUCUUGGCCUCGAGGCUGCAGUGUAUAUAUUUUCUUGAUCUAUUUUUUAAUAAAAGCAUAAAGAGUA